AUGGGUUCUCUGAAAGCUCUCCAAGAGUGGUGUCGGAUACAGUGUGAAGAUUACCAAGAUGUUGACAUUAAGGACAUGUCUUCGUCCUUUCGGGACGGCAUGGCUUUCUGUGCCCUUAUCCACAAAUUCAGACCCGAACUGAUAGACUUUUCAUCUUUAUCCAAAGACAAUGUCUACGAGAACAAUCGACUGGCCUUUGAAGUGGCAGAGACACAGUUGGGAAUCCCAGCGCUGUUGGACCCAGAGGACAUGGUGUCUAUGAGGGUCCCGGACCGCCUCAGUGUCAUCACCUAUGUCUCUCAGUAUUAUAACUUCUUCAACAAUAAAUCCCAAGCAAACCCUCCCUGCAUCAAGAGACCAAGCCCUAUUGGUCCCAUCGGUGAAGUUGCUCAGAAAAAACCUGCAUUGCCUUUAGACGACAAAACGAUUGAAUCUGAGACGGGAGCAGAGGCCAAAGGCAGAACCCUGAGUAGUACCUGCUCAGUCUGCCUCAAACAUGUCCACCUGGUGCAGAGGUUCCUCGUGGACGGAAAGCUCUUCCACCGCAACUGUUUCAGGUGCACUGAAUGCCACAGCACAUUACUUCCUGGAUCUUACAAACUCGUGAACAACUCUGGCUCCUUGGUCUGCUCUCAUCACAUUGCACGGCAUGGUUUGGCCAAUCAAAACGGACGACCAGAUCUCAGCAAGAAACCGGAGCUGAGCAAAAAGCCUGUUAUAGUGGAGUCUGCCAGGAUCUGCCCCAGUCCUGUCUCUGACUCUUCAUCACAUAAAACAGAGGAGGACUUAAGCAACGAUGAAAAGACGACCAAUGACACUGCUAUUAUCACUCCAGUUUUAACGAUUCAAGAAGACUCUGUAGAAGACGAACGUUUAAAAGACAAUGAGGAAAACGCCCAAGCUUCCACUCCUCCGAAUCCAUUUGAUGAGAGCGAUGAAGAAGAAGAGGAGGAGGAGGGAAAAGAAGAGCAGAGUGAAGCCCCAACAGGAGUCUUGUUGAAUGGAGACAUGCCCUCUGCUCCCGUCAGUCAGUCAGAGUGUGUGAGCCGCCCUGUCCCCGCUCCCAGGAGGGUAUCUGAUGCCACUCCACCCCCACAACCUGCCCCCAGAGCCCGGGUUCCCCCAACGGCCAGUCCUGCAAAUACCAAUGUCUCUCAGAAGCCUCUUCUUCCACCAAAACCCAGAGAAAGAUCACGGUCUCCUGGAAGUCUGUCUGGUGGUUCCCAAAAACCCAAAGACCCCCCCUGGCUUGCUCUGGUCCAAUCACAAGAGUCCAAGAAGAAGAAAGCCCCUCCCCCUCCUGUCCCUGGACUGGCCACGCCUCCAACCUCGGCCUCUGUGUCUCUCAAAGGGGACGACUCCAGGAGCAGCACCCCGCCCGUCCCUGCCAACCCGUUUGACGAUGACGACAAUGAAGACGCGGAGAACGAGGAGGAGGCCGUCGAGGAGGAGGCCGUUGAUGAAGAGGCGCCGUCCGCAUUGCCAGCGUCUCACCCCUGGUACAGCAUUAGAAAAGCAGCCGACUCGCCUGCUGCGGACCCCUCUCCCUCCAGAGAGCGGUCGCCUCGCUCCGAAAGCCCGGCCGCCGAAAAGAGCAAGAAACGACCCGCCCCCCGAGUUCCACCUCCACCCUCCGUCAGCCAAGCGCUGUCUCCCUCGCAGCCCUCCUCCUGCUCCGCGUCUCCAGCCCUGAGCACCGAGAGCCUUUCCUCGGGGUCGGAGCAGCGGUCGGCCGGUGGUGCCAGCAGUGACCUCGAACACCCCAUCACCAAAAGCACCUCGGAGCCUUCCAUCGCAUCUCCAGACGGCUCCUCGGUGGCCCCUUCCAACGACCUCCAGGCCCCGCUCAGCCCCAGUGCGCUCCAUGUGCCUUCAUACGCCAGUUCAGCACCAGCCACGCCGCAAACGAGCCGCAGUUCAAAUGGCACCGCGGCUCCGAGUCCACUGGCCUCAAACAACAAGCGGACCUGCAAAGAAAACCCUUUCAACAGAAAGGCAUCUCCAUCUGAAGCAAAAUCCAAAGGGAAACCACCAAAAGGCCCUCGACCCGCCAGACCUCCAGCCCCCGGCCACGGCUUUCCUCUCAUCAAGCGCAAAGUGCAGUCAGACCAGUACAUCCCAGCAGAGGACAUCUAUGGAGAGAUGAGUCGACUGGAAAAACAACUGGACGAUCUGGAGCAGAGGGGCGUAGAGCUGGAGAAGAAGCUCCGGGACAACCCCAACGACGAGGACGAGGAGCACUUGUUGAUGGAUUGGUUCACUCUGAUCCACGAUAAACACCUCUUAGUUCGUAGGGAAGCUGAACUCGUUUACACGGCCAAGCAGCAAAAUCUAGAGGAGAGACAAGCUGAUGUAGAGUAUGAGCUGAGGUGUCUGCUCAAUAAACCAGAAAAAGACUGGACGGAGGAGGACAAGAGCCGGGACCAGGAGCUCAUGGCCGAGCUCGUCACCAUCAUCGAACAGCGAAACCAAAUCGUGAACACUAUGGAUCAGGACCGACAGAGGGAAGAGGAGGAGGAUAAAGUUAUGGAAGCCAUGUUGAAGAAAAAAGACUUUUCAAAGGAAGCAGACUGUGAGCAGCAGAAGAAAAAAGGUGCAAAGUUCAAGCCGUCUAAAGUUUUCAAAAGACUGAGCCACAAAGGAGAGCAAAGCAAGAGCCCGAGUCCACGAAAGGAGAAGAGCUGA